AAGCAAUAUAACUACCCCAUAAUUUUUAUUUAUCCUAUAGUUAUUGUGCUACAAUAAUAUACCAAGUUUUUAUCUAUAUUCCAGAGGAUAUACAAGAUUCAGAGCUAAACAAAUAGCUUUUGAAAUUUGCAAUGGCUAUUAAAUCAAUAAGUAUACUUAUUUUAGCUACUAUUGCUAAAAACUAUGUUCUUAGCGCGCCAGUAACCGAUUCCGUUCAUGAAACUAUAAAGACUCAUACAGUUCAACCUACUGAUAAAAAUUAUCCUUUAACGCCACCAGUAACUCAGGAUGACGGCACCAUCAAUUAUCGAAUAGCGAUAAUUUGUGAUUUGGAUAGUGUAUCAAAAAGUUCUGUAGAAAAAAAUACGUGGAUAAGUUAUUUAAAAAAAGGAUACUUAAGGUACAAUUCAACAACCCUUACAGUGACGAUUGAUUGGGACAAAGAAGAGGAUACAGUAUUGAAAUCUAACAAUUCUGUUAAUAAUAGAGGAAUGGAACUCUCUGAGCUAGUAACUUACGAUGGUAAAUUAUUGACUGUAGAUGACAAGACAGGUAUAGUUUAUAUCAUCGAAAAUCAAAAUUCAUUGAAAGAAUGGGUUGUUUUGAAAGAAAGCGAUGAAAAUGGUAUUAGUAGCAAAGGUUUUAAAGGUGAAUGGGCUACAGUAGUUGGUGAAAAGCUUUAUGUGGGAUCACAUGGUACUGAAUAUUUUUCUUCUGAAGAUGAAGUGAGUAACGUAAAUAUGUGGGUAAAAGUAAUAAAUAAAGAUGGAGUUAUAGAACAUGUCGAUUGGACAAAUAUGUAUAAAAAACUACGUGAAAAAUUACAUAUUGAUUCCUCUGGUUAUAUAAUUCACGAGGCUUGUGAAUGGAGCGAUAAACAUCAAAAAUACUUUUUUUUGCCCAGAAAAUUAUGCAAGGAAAAAUUUGACCCUCAAAGCGAUGAAGGUAAAGCCACUAACGUUUUGUUGUCUGCUACUAAAAACUUUGAAUCAAUCGAGGUUGUAGAAGUAGGUGACGUUAAGCCAUUUCAUGGAUAUGCAAGCUUUAAAUUUAUUCCAGAGACCAAUGAUUCUAUUAUUGUUGCAAUUAAAUCCAAAGAACAGUCUAAUUGUACAGCAACAUACAUAACUGUUUUUGAUAUCAAUGGCAAUGUUCUUUUAGAUGAAACAUUUGUUUCCAAAUACAAAUUUGAAGGAUUCGACUUUAUAUAAGCCAUGAAAAUAUAAGAAUUAUUGGUUUAUAAUACACAUAAAUGUAAUUGGUAUACAUAAACUAAUCAUUGCCUAUCUGUCUGUUCAGUUAUUUUGUUUAUACAACUAAAAGAAACCAAACAAAAUAUAUUAAUUUUCUGAUAAAUCUAGUAUUUUAUGGUAACAGAUUCAUCCUAUAUUGUAAUAUUUAGUUAUAUACAUUAUAAUUAAUUGAAUAUAUUAUAUUGGC